CAGAAUGAAAUGAAAAGAAACCCUGACGGACAUCGCGAACGACUGGAAUGGACAUCCUGUCCUGGGCCCUGAAGCUCACCAGGUGUGUGCUGGACCACGACAGUGAAGGCUUCCUGCUGCACUACGACCAGCUGCUCCUCGACACGCAGCUCACGGAGGAGGUCCAGGCGGUCUUAAGUCGAACCCGGGAGCUGACCAGACUGCCGCUGGGAGAAUUUCUACAGCUGGAGGAGAACUAUGGAAAGAUUCAGGUGCCACGGGACAUGGACACAGGUGUUGACUGGUGUCCUGCCAGCUGUGAUCGAUUAAGCUGGAGUGUGGAAGAGCACGGGUGCCCCAGACUUGACUGCGACAGGGGAGAAGAGAAGAGCAGCAAAAUCAAGUCAGGACACCAGGGUGGCACUGCCAAGAAGAACAAAGAUGAACCCAUAAGUGGCAAUCAGAAUCAAAGCUGUCCAGAAGAGGCUCCACAGAAAACACCCCAGAGCGAGGGGCAUCCGGUGAGCCAGGCACAAGUGGAGCACCACGACAGGAGUGUGCCAGCUGACGGACCUCUUGGGGUGCAGGCUGGGCAAUUUACACCUUCAGAGUGCACUGGAGAGAAUGCCAAUUCAGAUGAAAAAAUGGAGGAAUCUGUGACCCUCAACCCCAAAACAUUCCCAUUUGAGCCCCCCAUGGGGAGAGAUUCCAAGCUCCCAGACAGCUUCUGUGCUGCCCCACAUCAGCUUCAUGGAAGGGAAAAAUCUGUGCCAUCUGAAGCCUGCAAAACAGCUUGGCAGGAGGUGGGCACCUUGCAAAGACAUGGAGGAGGGGACAAGCAAACCAGAAGUAGAACGGCACACUCCUGCACCUACAAGAUGGGCACAUUCUGUAAAGUAUGCCCUGAGGAGGGCAGCGCUGGCCUGGAGCGCAGGCCUCAUGCCAUCAUGAGGACACCCAAGCGACCAUUUAGAGGGCACAAGGUGGGCAAAACCGUCCCAGUGCCCCCUUCUGGACCCUUUGGUGAGUGCAACCACAUAAUAAUUGUAGAGCAACGGGUGAAAUAA